GAGACCCUCUGCCGUCCUGCAUGACCGGCAUUGCGUUGUGCUUACACGGAGAACGUAAGCACAAUGAACGGCUAAAUAUAUAGAAAGAGAUUUGCCAACAAAAGACGGCGUCCCAUUCUCCUGUGUUGAGACGCGACUGGUCUAAACAUGUAUCUCAAGGCAGCCUGCAGCGAGAUCCCGGUGUCCAGGCAGAGAGGGGCGCUGAGACUGGAUCGCCGCCUCAGUAUUACCCAGCAGAGGCAGGGGGCAGGAAACCGGUCGCAGCCCUCAAGCCCCACCAGUUGUCUUCCAGGAAGUUUUGAAGCCAGCAGACUUCAAACGCAGCAGAGUGUGGACCAGCUUCAUGUGCACAGACUUCUAUUUCAAGCAUCUCCUCAACCUUGUGCCAGCAUGGUCUACAGGAACCUGGGGAAAUCUGGGUUGCGUGUCUCCUGUCUGGGGCUCGGAACAUGGGUAACAUUUGGAGGUCAGAUCUCUGAUGAGGUAGCCGAGCAGCUGAUGACUAUCGCCUACGAAAGCGGGGUCAACCUGUUCGACACGGCUGAAGUCUACUCCGGGGGGAAAGCAGAGAUAAUCCUGGGAAACAUCAUCAAGAAGAAGUGCUGGAGGAGAUCCAGCCUGGUGAUCACCACAAAGCUCUACUGGGGAGGAAAAGCAGAGACAGAGAGAGGCCUCAACAGAAAACACAUCAUUGAAGGCUUAAAGGGCUCCCUCCAGAGGAUGCAGCUCGAGUAUGUGGAUGUGGUUUUUGCCAACCGGACAGACAGCAACACUCCCAUGGAGGAGAUAGUGAGAGCAAUGACGCACGUGAUCAACCAAGGGAUGUCCAUGUACUGGGGGACAUCAAGGUGGUCUGCCAUGGAGAUCAUGGAAGCAUAUUCUGUGGCCAGGCAGUUUAAUCUAAUUCCACCGGUGUGUGAGCAGGCUGAGUAUCAUUUCUUCCAGAGGGAGAAAGUGGAAACUCAGCUUCCAGAGCUCUACCACAAGAUAGGUGUGGGUGUCGUGUCUUGGUCCCCUCUGGCCUGUGGAAUUAUCACUGGAAAGUACGAGAACGGCAUCCCAGAAACCUCCAGGGCCUCAAUGAAGCCAUACCAAUGGUUGAGGGAGAAAAUAACGAGUGAGGAUGGGAGAAAACAGCAGGCUAAACUAAAAGACCUGGCUCAUAUCGCAGAGAAGCUCGGGUGUACUUUGCCACAGCUAGCCAUAGCCUGGUGCCUAAGGAAUGAGGGGGUGAGCUCAGUGCUUCUGGGUUCCUCCAAUCCAAGCCAACUAACAGAGAACCUGGGAGCCAUUCAGGUAAUUCCAAAGAUGACAGCAGGCAUCGCCUCAGAAGUGGAUCAUAUACUGGGCAACCGUCCACACAGUAAAAAGGACUACCACCAUUAGAGAACUAUGCUCAAAAAGCUUAUCAAAGCUCACUUUUCACAGCCAUGGCACCAUAAAAAGGUGUGGCCAAGACUGCUUGUGUGUGCGCGUGCGCGUAUGACAGUGCGUGUGACUGUGCAAUGUGUUCUGCUUGGCUCCUUCAACCAGUACUCAUUAAUGUAAAGUGAGCUACUUGACAAAGCAUGCAUGUUACAGCUAUAAGCAGGCAGCCACUGGAGUAAACAAAAGUUAGAGGAUCCGGCUAGAGACGAUUUCUGGUGUGAAAACCUCUUCCACUCCAACAAACUGCAUGUGCAGAAAGUGCUGAACCAUAAAUUCAUGAAAGCAAAAUAUUACGUAAUUUAGACAUAACACUUGUUCAAAUUACUUCUGUGAAUAUGGCUGUCAGUGCAAGUAAAGAAAACUUUAGAGGAACUUAUUACCCCCCCCAAAAAGCAUCACAUUAAACUCAUGAAAGUGCAGUAAGUACACAACAAAAAGAAGAUCUGUAUCAAAAUGUUCUUAAUGUUAAACAAACCUACCUUACUAGAUGUUUGUGGUGUGUAUAGAAAAAAAAGAAAAAAGAUUCAUUGGUAAUGUUUAUAAUUCGGCCCGGUCUCAGCAGACGGGAUAAACACUCCUCAUUUGCAGCUGGAGCUGGCCUGUCAACAUGAUGUGUUGUGUCAGUACUGGAUGAGCUGAAAUUCUUCUCACUAUGUUUCCGCAAAAACCAAGAGAGCUAAUUUUAACAACAUGUUUCAAAACAUCUGUCCUGACUGUUAUAGAUAUAUACAUAUAUAUAUUUCCUAAAUAAGCAGCUAUGUCAGAAUGAGAUUCCUGUCUCCUUAUGUUGUUUCUUUUUUUUCUUUUUUACUUAUGCAAAAACACUGCAGAGUGUACUUUCCUACUGGGACCCUUCAACCCCUUUUAGUUUGUACUCCGCCAGACUCUCUGUCUGUGGUGAUAAAGUCUGACUCAUUUAAUUUCAGUCUGUGUUGUGGCUAAACCAUUUGUCUAGUCGGAGUUGGAGAGACGAUCCUCCUGAGGGGGAGCUUAUGGAUCUAACAAACAAAACCAUGUAGCUAAUGAAGUGACUCGGUUAAAAGAAAAACAACACCAUAUGGACCCCUGCAGUAAUUGCACCUGGAACGCAUUGCAUUUUUACCCAACUUCUCCCAGAUGCCAGUUUUACGUAACAGGAUUAUCUUUAUUAUGUUUUGUCUGUUCAAACAUGUAUUUUGGUGUCGUCCAUCAGAUUUGUACAUGGAAAUAAAAAGCUCAUAAUUCUCAUGUGAUAUGUUUUCAAGAUGUAUGAUUAUUUUCUAUUCAUGUAAUGGGUGCAUUAUUUUUUCUAACCCAGUACAAUAAAUCAGCUUAAAGGUC